AUGCCCCGUUCUUCUCGUACAGGCGUAUUAGUUUUUGAUCCAGAAAUCGAGAAGACCGCACGAAAGUUGAAGAAGCAAGCUAAGGAGUGGAAAAAGAGAUCCAAUUCUGCUCCACCGAGUCUUGAGGAUCAAGAAGAAAUUGAAGUUCCAAUGGGUGACCGUAACAAUAGGGAUGAGGAGAACGAUAGAGAGAUCGUUGAUCCUCGACAGGAACCACCUCAACUGAUCAGAGAGUUAGGCCGUCAUAGAAACAAUCGCCCUUUGUGCAUUGUCCUUCCUGCCAUUAAUGGCAACGCUGAAAUACGGCCUGGUUUCAUUCAAGUGCUACCCAAAUUCGGUGAUUUACCUGGAGAGAGUGCACACAAGCAUCUGGCUGAAUUUGAUCUAGUUUGCUCAACUCUACGCCCUCAUGGUUUUACUGAAAAUAAUUUGAGGCUAUUGACUUUUUCUCAUACUUUGCAGGGUAGAGCGAGAGAUUGGCUUUUUGAUCUUCCUCCUGGUUCGAUUAGAACUUGGGGAGAUUUAGAAGAACAAUUCUUGCGAAAAUUCUUUCCUGAGUCCAGAGCUGCAAAUUUGAGAAUGGCCAUUAGCAGCAUUAAACAGAAGAAGGCGGAGAGUCUAGCCGAUUAUUGGGAAAGAUUCCAACAGCUGUGUCGCAAGUGUCCUGAUCAUGGAUUUUCUGACUACCAAUUGCUUACUAACUAUUUUUAUCGUGGUAUGUCUUCUUUUGAUAGGAAAAUUGUUGACGCUGCUUGUGGUGGAAGCUUGACCAAUAAAACUUUGGACGAAGCAAAGCAACUCAUCGUUGACAUGGUUUCAAAUGGCCAACAAUAUGAGGAUGAGGAUGAUGAUCGUUAUAGGCCAGUGCAGAAAGUAGAAGAUUCCAACAUGAACGCGAGAAUUGAUGCUCUUACCUCUUUAGUUAGAGGACUUGCUGUCUCUAAAACUCAACACGUUCAAUGUGGAAUUUGCUUUGAAAAUAAUCAUCAUACUGAUGCAUGUCCAUCUCUGCAGGAUAAUAAUACUGAGCAAGCGUGCAUGAGAUCCGCUGAUGAGCAAGAGAUGAACGCACAAAGGCAAAGGCGAAACGACCCUUUUUCCAACACCUACAAUCCAGGGUGGAGAAAUCACCCAAAUUUUAGGUGGAGACAGCAGGAACCAGGGAUGUACGCGCCGAAUCCGCCGCAGGCUGGACAGUAUGCCCAUACCGCACGUCCUGCACCGAGUUUUGCACCCAAUAUGAGCGAUAUCAUGAAGAGCCUCGCCCAGAGCAGUGAAAUUGUGAAGAAUUUGGUGCAAAGUCAGCAGGCAUUCCAGCAUGAAACUCAGGCAGCGUUGAGUAAUAUGGGCACACAGAUCACGCAGUUAGCCACUCAGGUGAACAAGUUGCAGGCAAAUCAAGGCCGACUUCCUUCUGUCACGGAGAUGAAUCCCAAGGAAAAUGCAAGUGCUGUAACUACAAGAAGUGGGAGAAUUCUAGUUGAGCCACAGCCUAAGCAGCAGGACAAAGAAGAAAAGCCCGAUGAAGCCAAGGACGAUGCAAUUAGUGAGGAGUCACCAGAAUCCACCGAGCCUAGCUCUUCUAAGGUAAGUGGAAAACCUAAAGUUUCAAUUCCUCAAUCACUGAUUGCACCACCUUUUCCUUCUAGGUUGGCUCAGAACAAGAGAAUUGAAGAAGAGAAGGAUAUUCUAGAAAUCUUCAAGAAGGUAGAAAUAAACUUGCCCUUGCUUGAUGCAAUUAAGCAAGUUCCCAGGUACGCAAAGUUUUUAAAAGAGUUAUGCUCUAAGAAAAUGAAGUUUGGGAAUGAUGCGAGAAUUCGAGUGAGUGAAAAUGUUUCUGCUGUUCUUCAAAGAAAAUUGCCCCAAAAGUGUCGAGAUCCUGGUAUGUUCACCAUUCCAUGCAUUAUAGGUAAUAAGACUGUUGAGAGAGCCAUGCUAGAUUUAGGAGCAUCCAUAAAUGUCAUGCCUUAUUCUGUGUAUAAGGAUUUGCAAUUAGGACCUUUGAAAGACACUCGUGUUAUCAUUCAGUUAGCUGAUAGGUCUGCUGCAUAUCCCGAAGGUGUUGUUGAGGAUGUCCUUGUCAAGGUCAAUGAUUUAAUUUUUCCUGUGGAUUUUUAUAUUGUUGAUAUGGAUGAUUCUGCCUCUGCUAAACAAUCAUUGAUUCUUUUAGGGAGACCAUUCAUGAAAACUGCUAAGGCAAAAAUUGAUGUGGAUAGUGGAAUGCUUAGCCUUGAAUUUGAUGGAGAUAUUGUCACAUUUAAUAUUUUUGAGGCUAUGAAGCAUGUUGAGGAUCCUGAAUCUGUGUUCAUGAUUGAUGUUAUUGACCCUUUGGUUGAGGAAUUUGUUGAGAAUUUCAGGGAGGAUGAGCUGGAGCAGGUUAUUUUCAGUUCCCUAAUUGAAGAGAACACCAAAACUGAGGAGAAUGAAGCCAUUAGAGAGAUCAUCAUGCAGCUGUACUCAACGGAGGAAAUUCCAAUUCGGCACCUGUCGAGCAGGAUGCCCAUACCGACCAACACAGAACCGAUUUUGCCCUCUGUUGUGAAGCCACCGAAGCUGGACUUGAAGGUACUGCCCCAGCAUCUGAAAUAUGUGUUUUUAGGAGAGGAUAACACGCUGCCAGUGAUCAUCAGCAAUGAACUCAGUGCAGAACAAGAGGUAAGGUUGGUAAGUCUUCUUAAGAUGCAUAAAUCUGCCAUUGGAUGGACUAUAGCCGAUAUCAAAGGUAUUAGUCCCUCUACUUGCAUGCAUAGAAUCUUACUUGAACCUAAUAGUAAGCCAUUUAGGGAUCCUCAAAGAAAACUGAACCCUGUCAUGAAAGAAGUUGUGCUUAAAGAAAUUCUUAAAUUGCUUGAUUUAGGGAUUAUUUAUCCGAUUUCUGAUAGUGCAUGGGUUAGUCCUGUUCAUGUGGUUCCUAAGAAGUCUGGUUUUCAAUUGGUCAAGAAUGAGAAUAAUGAGUUGAUUCCCAUGAGGUUGCAAACUGGUUGGCGUAUGUGCAUUGAUUUUAGGAAGUUGAAUGAUGCCACUAGGAAGGAUCAUUUUCCAUUACCUUUCAUUGAUGAGAUGCUUGAGCGAUUGGCUGGUAAGGAAUUCUUUUGUUUUCUUGAUGGCUACUCUGGAUAUUUUCAAAUUUUUGUAGCUCAGGAAGAUCAAGAGAAAACCACUUUUACUUGCCCUUUUGGCACUUUUGCAUGGCGUCGUAUGCCGUUUGGAUUAUGUAAUGCUCCUGGUACUUUUCAGCGUUGUAUGAUGAGCCUAUUUUCUGACAUGAUUGAGAGUUGCAUAGAAAUUUUCAUGGAUGAUUUUACUGUGCAUGGAGACUCUUUUGACCAUUGUUUGACUAAUCUUGAACAAGUUUUGCAGAGAUGUGUCGACACUAAUUUGGUGUUGAACUUUGAGAAAUGUCAUUUCAUGGUGAGAGAAGGGAUUGUUCUUGGGCAUGUGAUUUCUGCAAGAGGAGUAGAAGUUGAUAAGGCGAAAAUUGAUUUGAUUGUUAAGUUACCUUAUCCUUCUAAUGUGAAAGAGAUUCGUGCUUUCUUAGGCCAUGCAGGUUUUUAUAGGCGCUUCAUCAAAGACUUCGCAAAGACUGCUCAACCUCUCACUAGGUUGCUUCAUCAAGAUGUGUCUUUUGUGUUCGAUGACAAGUGCAAGGAGGCCUUUGAUUUGUUGAAGAGUAGACUCACUUCUGCCCCCAUCAUUCAGCCACCAAUUUGGGGAGAGCCUUUUGAAAUCAUGUGCGAUGCAAGUGACUUUGCCGUUGGAGCAGUGCUAGGGCAGAAAGUUGGGAAAGAGAGCCAUGUGAUUUACUAUGCUUCCAAAACUCUCAACCCGGCUCAAUGCAAUUACACAACUACGGAGAAGGAGCUUUUAGCCAUCGUUUUUGCUUGUGAAAAAUUUAGAUCUUAUUUAAUUGGCUCUAAAGUUGUUGUUUAUUCUGACCAUGCAGCUCUUAAGUAUUUGCUCUCUAAAAAAGAAUCUAAGCCUCGCUUGAUCCGUUGGAUUCUGCUUUUGCAGGAAUUUGACUUGGAGAUUAAAGAUAAAAAGGGAGCCGAGAACUUGGUAGCUGACCAUUUGAGCAGACUGCAGACUGUGUCGGACGGUAUGCCCAUACCAGACGACUUUCCAGACGAACAACUGCUGCAGAUUGACGGUAACGCUCCUUGGUAUGCUGAUUUGGUUAAUUUUCUAACUGCUGGAGUUUUUCCUAAGGGAAUGGAGACAGCCCGUAAGAAUAAGUUGAGGAACCAAGCAAAAUACUUCAUAUGGGAUGAUCCUUAUUUGUGGAAAACCUGUGCGGAUCAAGUGAUACGACGUUGCAUCCCUGAUGAGGAGAUUCAUUCCAUUUUGAAUUUUUGCCAUGCUCAUGCUUGUGGAGGUCACUUUGGUCCCAAACGAACAGCACGUAAGAUUCUUGAUUGUGGUUUUUAUUGGGAAACUAUUUUUAAGGAUUCUUACAAUUUCUGCAAAAAUUGUGACAAGUGCCAAAGAACAGGUAAUAUCUCUUCUCGCAAUGAAAUGCCUCAAGUCCCUAUUUUGGUUUGUGAAAUCUUUGACGUUUGGGGGAUGGAUUUUAUGGGGCCGUUUCCUAGUUCUUUUGGGAAUUCUUACAUUCUUUUGGCUGUUGAUUAUGUUUCGAAGUGGGUGGAAGUGAAGGCCACUCGCACUAAUGACUCUAAAGUUGUUGCAGGGUUCCUUAAAGCUAAUAUUUUUAACAGAUUUGGAGUGCCCCGUGCCAUCAUCAGCGAUCAAGGAACUCAUUUUUGCAACCGCACUUUGGAAGCACUUUUCAAGAAAUAUGGAGUCCACCAUCGAGUUGCCACGGCAUAUCAUCCACAAUCCAACGGUCAGGCUGAAGUUUCUAACCGAGAAAUCAAGAGCAUCCUUGAGAAAACAGUCAACCCGAGACGAAAGGAUUGGAGUUUGAGACUGGACGAUGCGGUAUGGGCAUACCGCACUGCAUUCAAGUCACCGAUUGGUAUGUCUCCGUACAGGCUGAUUUUUGGGAAGCAAUGUCAUCUACCUGUUGAGAUGGAGCAUAAAGCUUUUUGGGCCGUGAAGGAAUUCUGUUUAGAUGAGAACGUUGUUGGCAGAGAGCGGAAAUUUCAACUGCAAGAAUUAGAGGAGAUUCGAUUGGAGGCGUAUGAUCAUGCAAGUAGUUACAAGGAACGAACCAAAUUUCUACAUGACAAAUACAUUCGAAGGAAAUCCUUUGAAGUUGGGCAGAAGGUUCUCUUGUUUAACGCACGCUUAAGGAUUAUGCCAGGAAAAUUGAAAUCUCGUUGGUUGGGCCCGUUUGAAGUUGUUAGUGUGAGUCCUCAUGGAGCUGUGGAAAUCCAAAGCCUCGAAACACGAAAGUGUUUUAAGGUUAAUGGACAAUUACUCAAGCCAUACUAUGCUGGAGUCGAGAUGGAGUCGUUCAAUGCGCUCAGCCUGACGUCUCCAACCAUUGUCUAAGGAUUUUGAACUUCUUUUCUGUCCAGCCAAGGACGUUAAAUAAAGGCGCUCAUCGGGAGGCAACCCGAUUUUUCUUGCCCUUGUUUUGUUUAUUUUCGUUUUUUCUCUCUUAAAAAAAAAUUAUUAUUAUUAAAAAAAAAAUUAUUAAAAAAAAAAAA